AUGGGCUGCAAGCAGUCAAAGAUGAAGGCCGAAGAGUGGCAUUUGCACAAGCAGAGGCGGAAACUCUCCGGGAGGAAACCCCCGACCGGGAAUGAAGAUGACGCGAGCGAUGGCGGGGAUAUUCCGCCGUUUGUCCCGGCUGAUGACUUGCUGCAGUGGUACGACGCCCGCAUAGAGGAUGCGCGAAAAACCUUUUUUGGGUCAGCCACCGCGUUGGAUAAGCCGCUGGGCACAGCGUCGUCUCAGGCUGGUGUCCACGGCAAUAAGAACAAAAACGGUUCCGCAGAUGCUGCGGGGAAGCACGGUGUGCUGACGCUCUACCAAGUGGCCCCCGUCAACCACGUCAUUGGCCAGGGUUACUUCAGCAAAGUCACGCUGGCAGAUAUGGUGGUGCACAUAACAACAGCCGACGCGCUUGUGAAGGGAGGGAUAGAGGCGCAUUUAAACUGCUGCAGGGAUGGAACACAUAGGGCCCCACUAAGAACAACAGUGACAAAGGCGCCGACCACGACGCUGUACACCUCCCCCAAGUAUCUUAUUGCAUGCAAGGAGUAUACACUGGCUGAGAAUAGCGCCUCGUACAUUCACAACCAACUGCGGAAAGAAGUUCAACAAUUGACACGCCUCACGUAUAGUCCACGUUUACUGAAGGUGCUUCAAAUGGAGCCCGUAUACAAUGACCCCAAGUCAGCUGGAUCCGAGGCCAGUACGCGUUCAAAAUUCCUGGAGGGGAUAAGCUUUUAUUCUUCAGUAGGAACGGGCAGUGCAAAGCACAAUCUUAAUAUUGGCGGACAAGCAGCAUCAGCGUGCAACUGCCAUGAGACACCGGCUAAGGUGCGCAUAUACAUGGAGUACGCCAGGUACGGCACCCUGCGUAAUGUGCUGCUCAACGAAACCCCUUGCAAAUUUGGCAAAUUGUACAUGCAUGAGCUCACAGUGCGGGCUUACCUUCGCGAGGUUCUUAUGGCAUUGGCCUUUCUUCAUGAGAACAACGUUGUUCACUCAGACCUCUGUGCCAAGAAUAUUUACAUCUCGAAUCACCUAAACGAUGUUUACGCCACCUGCUUCCCUGCGUACAUCGCUGAUAUUCCGGCAGGGAGGUUUGCAAAAGUCCCAGCGGCGUGGGUGCGCCGCGUGUUGGCGCUUAUGGAUCCAGAGUGCAUGCAGCCGCAGUACGACUCGGGAGAUGGUCGAGUGCCCAACGACAGUAUCAUGACACACCUCGGCGUGAUUUAUACAGCGGAAAACUCCGCCAUGCAAAGCCCUGGCGACGCGGAAGUGUCUGUGACAGCACCCCCCAUCGUCGUAGAAGGUGGACAAGGGCAACAGUUUCAAGCCGCGUCACCAGGCAACCCAGCGGCAGCGGCAGCAGCAGCAGCAGGCAAUAACAAUAACAGUAGAAAUCAAAACAACAACGCGGAUGAAAAUGAGGGUGAGGAGGACCGGUGUCGUUGGAUGGAUUUAGAGGUGAAAAUGUUCCUGCAGGAGAACGCAUACACAGAGGACGACAACAUACCCCUUCCCUCCCCACUCUCAGGCGUGGAGGAGACGGAGGUUUUCAACAGUCCAACCCUGGACGGGGUUACCAUUGUGCGCAAUGGGUCCUUUGCACGAUCGACGCAACAUCUGUCCCCGGCUCCAGUUUUUCCAUUCCCUGUGUUACCCGGCGAAUCUUCUCAUAACCUGGUUAAGCCAAGCUAUGGCGGCGCCUUUAACAAAGACGUUUCUUUAGUCCCUUUAGGUGUUGAGGGCCGAAUGCAUGCACAAAUCGAUAGUUCGGGAAACGGUUGUGUAAUGAGCGAAAUGCCAAUGCACCCCCCAAAAAAGAGACUCUCGGUACGUCGCCCACGCAAACCACUCAUUAAGUUAGGCCACUAUGGCCGGAUCCGGUCUAUUAUUGUCGGGAAUCAAAGUGAAGCUGUGCACAGACUGGGGCGUGUCACGCACAUGGCCCCGGAGAUUGCGCGGGGGGGUUCCUUUGCGCCUGCAAGCGACAUUUACGCCUUUGCCAUGACAUUUAUUGAGUUGACCACGCCCAAUGGCGGUGUCUUUGGGGACUUGCGCCCCGCCAACAUGGAACUGCCCCGCACACGACAGGAGAAGAAUGAGUAUGAUGCAGCCUGGCUGAAAAAUGUUAAACGAUACCUCCUGAGGAACGAUAACGUAGUACCCCUGCCAUCGCAGCUUUCCGAGGAGUGUAAGGCGAUGCUGCGGCUGUGUCUGCAGUAUGACCCAGCAAGGCGGCCGACGGCGGUGGAGCUGCUGCAGUCCAAGUACUUUUUGCUGGGUCACUGGGUGAAUGUCGCGACUAAAGAUGGGAACAUAGAGGCGCCGUGGUGUCACACAAAUUAUGAGGCAGCGGCUGAGGCAGCGGGUUUGCCGCGACUUCCAUCAGACAUGGGUCUUUAUACUGCCGCAUCUUAA